GAAGGUGGCAUGGCUGCGCUGCAAUUGCAGGCUGUUAACGUGUUCGUGCUAGAUCGCGCGCAAUGCAGUGCGGCGUAUGGCGAUCGUUUCACAGCUGCUAUGCUGUGCGCCAGUGCGAAGGACGGUGGUAAGGACGCUUGCCAAAUGGAUGCGGGUGGUCCUUUAUUGGUGGAGAAUCAGUUGGCCGGCAUAAUUUCGUGGGCCAUUGGCUGUGCACGUCCCGAAAACCCAGGUGUUUACGUGAAUGUGUCGCAUGUGCGUCAGUGGAUCGAGUUAACUGUGGCUGCUAACUCGUUGUAUAAUUUUUAACGUGUGUCGGUGUAGUGUUAAAGUUAUAAAAUAAUUUUUAAUAAAGUUUUUGUUGACAUUUUUAUUUUGAAUGCAUUGUUCAGCAUGUCUAGUGAAAAAUAUAUAGUACGUAGAUAGAACUUGCUCAAAACGCAACCGUUUUUGAAUAGGAUGCUAUUUUUGGAUCAAACUUUAUCAAUGUUCGUCGUAGAGCGACCGAUAUUAGAAAGAUUUGUGAUAUGUACGUAUAUACAGAGUUCUUUCAAAACGACGCUACAAAAGUAGACCGAUAGGGGCAAGAAAUGAGGUCAUAUAUUUUCCAGCUCUUUUGACAUUUCUUUUUAGUAAGGUUUGGCAUUUCAUCAUGGAAAGCUAUACGAUCGAACAACGAGUCGAAAUUAUUAAAACAUUUUAUCGAAAUUCGGAGUCAGUAGUCUCAACUAUAAGAACGCUACGUCCAAUUUAUGGUCUUCUUAAUCAUCCUGUCAGAUCAACAACAAGCCAGUGACGGUUGAUGAACUUCUUACGAAUAUCGAACAUGAAAUUGCAGCAGUAUCGGCCGAUUUAUGCUUGAAAAUCGUCGAAAAUUGGGUUCAGCGUCUGGACUUCUGCAAGUGUGCCCGUGAGGGAUAUGCAAAAAUGAUGGUAUCGAAUGUACUUUGUUUUGGACCCAAUUGUUCGCAUCUUCUUUGUUAUUCGCAUUCGGAAUCCUUCUUCUCUUUCAUCUUGGCAUUCAAUUUGAUCGUUCUGCAAUUCAUUCAAAAUCGUCAUGAACCUAGAAAAGUUUUAAACGAAAAUGCGUUCUAAUUUUUAACUAACACUAUAUAUGCCUUAAAACAAAUUCUUAAUUGAAGUCAACGAAAUAUUUUAUGCGUCAACAUAAUAUUGUUCUCGACAACUGUUCAAAUAAAGUACUUAAACGAAAGAGAGAAUAUCGUCACAUUAAGCUAACUGCUUAUUUUUGGCAACCAAUAUAAAAAUUUGCUUUGAAGUUUCGGUAUCCUAAGCACAAUCCAUUUAGGCCGACUUUCUCUUAAAUAAAGUGUGAGUGUUUAUUAUUUUUCGGUAUUUAAUCGAAUAAGGUAGCAGUAAUGGGAUUAGGAAAGGGAACCUCAGAGCAAUUUUUGAGAUCGCAUUGAACUGGUUUCUAUUUUGAGAUCAACGACGCUUGUUGGAUAUUGGAUUUUACGGAUAUUAUAACUGAAAUCAGUUUCACAACGCAUUACGCUAAGGAAGAGGGAAUUGAAAAACAUAUACUCCAACAGGCGAAAGGUUCAAAGAGACUUUCAACAAAAUGAUAUAGAAACAGAUGAUCAGAUACUCUUUGAAGUCCAAACCUUAUUUUAAAAUCAUAUUUUAACCGGGCUUUCAUCUAUAAAAACUUAAAUCCGUUAUACCGCCGACUGACAAUACUUGUAGACGCUGAAAAUUUCUUGCAACGUUUCAUUGAGCUGGCUAAAAUCAGAUUCUUUCAGAAUUAGUAAUUGAACUACCGCCUACAGCUCGACUUCAUGGCACUAAAAAGCGUCUGCGAAUACUGCAGAACCUAUGAAAGGUAUACGAGUAUUUAUUUAUUUGGUUAGUAAACACUGUGCCACCUGUUUAACUUAUCAAUAAUAUCCGCUGUUAGGAUAGGUAAAUAAUAUUUCAAAGAGCUUUUUCUAUAAAUAUUAUAACAGCACCAGCACUUUUUGGCACAUUUUCCGUAUAACGGUUCGAUGAAAAGGGUCUAAUUUCUCUAGUGAAAAUGUUUAAAACCUUCAGCUGUCGUGUUUUAGUGCUUUUGAUCGCAUACCAAAUCAACAUAUCACAUGCCAUUGGAGUUAUUGGCGGUGUAAAGACAACUAUUACGGAUCAUCCAUAUGUGGUUUCUCUGCAAUUGGCCAACGGCACACAUGUUUGUGGUGGUGCUCUAAUCAAGAAGAAUAUUGUCGUCACAGCUGCACAAUGCUUCGUUUUUCAGGAUCCCGCCCAGCUUUACGUACGUCUUGGCACGGACAGUUAUGCUGCUGAUGGUGAACUUUUAUCAAUUAGUUCUUAUAUAAUCAAUGAGAAUUUCGAUUUUACCACCAUGGACAGUGAUGUGGCGGUAUUGAAGUUGGCGAAAAAUGUAGCGAAAUCAUCAGCGAAGCGUGAAAUAAAAGUGGCUGGAGAAAAACCGAAGACGGACAGAAGUGGCGUGGUAACCGGCUGGAGUCAAAGUCGACAAUUGGAAGAUGUGACCGUGCGCAUAAUUAAUGCAAAGAAAUGCAGAUCCGGCGAAUAUGUUUACAAUAAAGAUGAUAUAACGGAUAACAUGUUUUGCGCUCAGGCCUAUAAUAGAUUCGUCUGCGAUGGUGAACCUGGUAGUCCUUUGGUGUAUAAGAAGAAAUUGAUCGGUUUGGUAUCCUGGGGUUAUGGUUGUGGCAAUGUAGGCAACCCAGCCGUAUACACAAAUGUAAACAAGCUACGGAAAUGGAUCAAGAAGACUAUAAAAAAGUUGUAGGUUGCGAUUUUUCCUGAAUGCAGUGGGGUAAAAAAAAUCAGGAAAAAUUCCAAUAAAUGGGAAAAAUAUAUGUAUGUAAACAGAAUUAAAAAAAUAAAAUUGUUGAUAAUAAAAAGCUUAGUAAAUAGAGCGAUAUACAUACA